UCAACUAAAAGACUCCUACAUUAAAGCAAAAGCAAAAGGAAUAGUUAGAAGAACAGUUUUAAAUCUUGCUUCAAAAAAGCUAACAUUAAGUCAACUCUUAUACCUCAAUAAUAUUUGUAUAAUUUCCAAACUUUGCUAUAUGCUACAAAUUUCUCGUCUAUCUAAAGAGGCACUCAAAGAAAUUCAUAGACCAAUGCUUAAACUAAUUAAGAAUAAAAUGGAGCUUCAAAUCUCAACUGAGAAUUUUAUACUUAAACACAAGAGCCUGGGAAACUGUCAAGCUCUCGAUGAAGAAUUAUUUGCUAAACAAACUCUUAGCCUACUCAAGUGA